AUGGCGGUCACCGUCUUACCGGCCAGCUCCUUAACGGAACCCAUAAAGCAGGCCCUUCGCUCAACCACCACGUGCUCCGACGCUACCGUGUUGUCCCUCCAAACACUCCUCCGCGGGUCGCCAAAGAUGCCCGAGAAACCCACGAAACGAUCAACGUCCACACGAGAGCCCGCAACACCAGCUGGCCGAGGGAGAACUUCACGCGCAACGAAGUCAAAAGCUGGAAGUGAUGCUACAUUGCAAUCCUUGGCCGACGACUCCGCAUUGUCGUGUCAGGAGAAGCUCGUUUUCGCUACAGAAGUAUUCAAUGCCACAUUGAAGACUCUCACAGAUGCCGCCAAAAUAUCGUCAACCAGGCGCUCAAACCCUCCCAGCGCCCAAGAUCCCGAUGUCGGCAUCACAUCUGCCGCCGAAUGCGCCAGACUCUCUUUGUCAACUCUGCGCACACUUAAAAAUGAUACUGGGGCCGACAACUUCCCCAACAUGCAACUGGAGCAGGGACUCUGUGUUCUUGCAGGAAAACUUAUCUCCCUGGGUCUGAUUGACAUGGCAUACAAAGAGCUCCGACUUCUCAAGCGCAGGAUACAGCAACAUCUGGAUGGUGGAAAGGCGGGGAGGAAGGCGACAGCAGCCAAGGACAUAACCGACGAUGAAAUUGCGAAAGAGCGCAUGUCCGAUAUGUUGACUUUUGCUCACAUUGGAAAUGCGAAUUCGCUAUACGGUCUGAUUAUCUCAUUCCACUCGAAUGUGCUACGCCUGCUUGCGGCGGAUAAGAGGGCUUCGACAAUACAGAAGGUCUUCUUGUCUCUGCAAGUAUCCGACUCUAGCAGUCCUGCACAGGUUAUUCUGGCUGCAUUGAAAUCUGGCCAUUUAACCGCUGAUAAGGCUGCUCUUCAACUGCAGCUAUUGUCCAAUGCAGUUCUUUCGCUCUGCGCAGGAACGUCCAUGUCUAAAGAUGAGGCUUCAAGUAGCUUGAGGCCUAUCACCUCCUUGAACUUCCAGAUGCUUUCCCUUGAGCUUCGAUGCAUGAGCUGGAAACUGUCUGGACAUGUCUGUGACGAGAGCAAAGAGGUCUUCGAACCUUUGCUUCGUUAUUUCGGCAGCUUCUCUCAUCGCAGUAAGGCAAUCGAUAAGAUUGAGUUUGCUCUGAUCUAUAAAAACGUCACCCGGCUACAGAGCUCGAUUUCAGAGAUCAAGAAGAAGUCGUCUGAAACAACGAAUGCCGUCCAGGCAGCCAAGCUCAUGACACUUCUCGGUCAGCUUGCUUUUGACGCUGGAUGCUUUGAUGAAUCCAUGAAACUUUUUACACAAGCCAUUAACCCACUUUCAAAAACCCAGAGCCUCUCUUUAGCGACAGUCCGCUGCAAAAUCGCAUCCGUCCACUUCCAGGCCCUGAAGACGUCUCAAAAGCUUCUAGGCCCAACACUAGGUUCUAUCUCAGAGGCUACGGGUGCACUUGGUUUGCAGUUGAGAGGCAGCGCAAAUGACCUGGAUGAACUUCUUGUCGAGGCGGCCAGAUUAAAAAAGGUUGCUCUUGCCUGGUUUGGCGAGGCAAUAACGAAGACAAUCGAGUCCGAAAGUGAAAAGAACGAGGUCGCAGCUCAGAUCAGAGAAUAUUUGCAAGCAUUUCUCAGAUUCCUCCGACGCUAUGUUGGACGCCAACCAACAGAAGAGAGCGACAAUAACGAUAUUGAGAUGUUUAACAGCCGUGUAUCGAUUGCUCGGAGCAUCAUUCUUGCUGCCAUUGACUCGGCUGUUGCAGUCGGUAAACUCUCCAUCACUUCCCAAAGACCUCCUUGGGAGGACAUGCUGCCUAUCCUCGCCGACUGUCAGCGUUUGCUUUCGACCAUUGAAUCUUCCACCCAGACCAGCGCAGAAAACACAGAAAGCCUUGGUAUGGCACUCGUCAAGCUUUCGAAUCUGUUCUGGUCUCGUUAUAUAAAAGAAAAAGAAUCUGGUCAUGGUUACCGGGAACUGAUUCCUCUUCUCAAACAUUCAACUCAGCUCCUUUCUAAUUGCUCACCUUCUCAUCGCAAAACCGCUUUUGCAGCUCUGAAAUUUGAGAGAAUGGCGCAUCUGUACGUGGAUGGGAAUUUCUACAGUGAUUCUGAAAAGAUGUUCCGACAAUCUAUCGAUGAAUACAUUCUCUCUGGCACUCUGGACGAGAUUCUCAAGAGCAGCAAGGGACACAAUCCAAAUACAGUGAGCCUGGAUCCCCAAACCCCUGGUUUCAUGAUGGGGCGUGUACUCUCUGCUCUUUUGAAGAUGAAACUACGCAGGAAGGGAUCACAACCCUGUGCUGCGUAUGACGACAGCGAACUCGAUUUCGAGCAAAGGACCGUUCUUCUGGAAUGGCAGAUGAGUUUGCUGUUUGACAUGCACAGCCAGUCCUCAAACGAAGAAGAGUUCCGCUCGAUGCUCAGUCCGCUCGUCUCCUCACUACUUGAAUUAUACCCCCUCGAACUUCACCCCAUCCGUCGCUCGCGUGUGAUACUUUCUUCUUUACGAUUCCUUCUCGAAAAUCCCACAUCUUUGGGACCAGAGUUGACCGAGACCCUGUUGGACUCGGGAAUCGAGUUUUUGGACUUUGACCAACAAAUUGGCGAGGAUGGUGAUUUGGCUCGAUUCGCAAUCCACGGUCGAAACUCGCUGCAGAUCAUCAUUGGCUUUCAUCAAGGCAAGAUUAAUGCAAGCGUACUCGAUGCAACGCUUUCGUCCUGGACAACAUUGGCUCGCCAGUGUGCCAAUGAGAAGGCAUUGCUCCUUCGUGUCAAUGAUCCGGACUACUGGGUGUUGCAAUUGAAAGCCCUGGUCGACUAUACAGAAAUUCAUGGCCUCUGGAAGGCACAGAUAUGCACUCUUGAGUUGAUCUUGCGCGUUGCUGAGCUCCAACCUGCAGGAGAUGUAUCAGAUGCUAUCAUCAUUCUCUCCCGGCUAGUACUGCAGAACUGCCGUCUCGGGUACUGUCAAAAGGCAGGUGAGCUCCUCUCACGCGGCGAGCAAUAUAUCGCGCAAAACAAAGUCUCUUCUCUCGCUUCCAUUUCCUACAAGGUUGCACAAGCCGAAUACCUUUUGGAGACCGGCGAAGUGGACAAAUCCGCCUCUAUUCUUUUUGGCGCACGAACUCUCUACGAAAAGAGCCACAAAUCAGAGCUCAGUCGAUUGACUGUUCUGUCGAAAAUCUCAUGGGAGAGACUCGUGGCAGACGCUGCUUUUGUCCAAUCUCGAUUGUUCACUGCCCAGGGCUCGGCUACUCAGGCCCUUUACUUCGCAAAACUGUCUGUUAGGUUAAAUUGCCGCAUUUGGGCCAAGGUCGAGAGGCUCGCACAGAAACACAAAGACAAGUCUCUGCCCGCUGCAGGAGGUUCUGAUGUCGAAACUGUAGUCGACGGCAUUGCAAAACUUGAUCUUUCCCAGAAUGGAUCUCCACCAGAUGUAUCCACCACAUACAUCCAAGGAGCGCCUUUUUGGCCACAUCUCGGGUCUCACCACACUUGCUUGCUGAACCUUGCAACCCUAUCCGCUCACCAUGGCCUGUUUCAAGAUGCAAUCUAUUAUGGCGAGCAAGCAUUGAAGAUCGACAAGACGCUUGAUGCGAAUGCGCGGUUACUUGCAGCGCAGACUCAGCUUGGAUGCCAUUGGGUUCUGAGUGGCCAUCUGAAUGAAGGCCAAGACCAUCUUUCUGCGGCAGCCGAGUCUUCGAAACAGACACAGAAGAGCAUCGAAACCGUGGGCUUCCAAAUGGCACUUGCAUCUCUGUACAAGAUCCAAGGCGCCCACGACAAAGCAUUCCGUGUUUUGUUAGAAGCAGAGAAAGUUGUCGCUGCUAUAACAUCGGCGGAUACACCAAUCAACGUAGACUCUGCUGCUUUCUCAAAACUGGAAGACAAGAUGGACAAGCUACGAGUCCGGUCUAGCAGUCGACGAACACCAACUCCCACCACCACCACCACUACUCGACGCACUCGGGCAACCAGCUCUGCGGCAAGCAAAGCGACAAAGAAAGCUCCAGCCCCGAAGCCCACAUCCCCAGAAAUCCAGUCUAAAUCUAUAACCCAACUCAAAGGAAAUAUUCUGAGGCAACAAGCUGAUUGUUUGCGGGAAUUACGCGACUUCGACCGCUCGGCGCAAACCCUCGCCGAGGCUCGGAAAUUUGCAGUGGGUAGAGAGAGCAGGAUCUCUCUGGAGAUUGGCGAAAGUGAACACCUGCUAGCAGAUGCAAUUCGUCAUUUUGCCAGUCAUGCGGUCUACUGUGUCUUGCCCGAAUCUACAAUUUCACUCCCAUCGCUCAAAACGCCGAGCAAGACGGCAGAGGAACCCAUCGCGCCCGCACGAAAAGCCUCAACAAGGCGAGCCAAGGCACCAGCUAAGACUGCUCGCACUAAGGCCCAAAAAGCAAGCGAGGACUUCUCAGUGAUGUUGUCCAAGGCGAGCGACUGCCUUGCCAGUGUGUUUUCUGAUGCCACAAUCCUUGGCUCAACACUCGAUGGCCAUGCGGUUUCUCGUCUGAUGAGCCGGAUCUCGAUGCUUUCGCAUGCGACUUCUCCUGGACUUCCAGCCAACUUGGCUCAGUCGCCUGCGAAUAUGAAUGAAAUUGGGCGUGUUGGCGCUUUUGCCCGUGAAAGCAUGGCUAUUGAUAUUGAUCGCCAGCUGGCUGACCACGCCGACCCCCUCCUUUGGCCCACAUCUUUCCCCUCGGCUGUUGAGUUGGACGACGAUCUAUGCUCUAACUUCACACAAGACUACGUGGACAUCCUACCUGAAAGUUGGAACGUUCUGUCCCUGUCACUUAGCGCAGAUCAGACUGAAUUCGUGGUCUCGCGACUACAGAAGGACCGCUCUCCAUUCCUCUUACGUCUGCCCCUUCACCGAGGUAACUCAGAAGACGACGAAGAGGAGCAAUUUACCUUUGAGGAUGGCAAGGAGGAGAUGAGUGAACUGAUCAAGUUGGCCAACGAAAGCGCCCAUGCAGCCAAGUCUAACACGGACAAGGUCUCCAAGAAGGAAUGGUGGAAGACCCGAGAGGCACUCGAUCGUCGAAUGGAGAGUGCUCUUCAAAAUGUCGAGAAUAUCUGGUUUGGUGGUUUCCGUGGUGUAUUCUCGCCACUUUCACAAGAAUCCACUGCUCUGGCUCGAUUCGCUACCGUUUUCCAGGGCCUUCUCGACAAGCAUCUUCCAUCUCGACAGAAGGGCGGCAAAGCUGAUGGGCCGCGACUCACCCUCCACCAGAACGUGAUUGACUUGUUCGUUGGGCUUCGCGACCUUGAAGAACAGGAAGAACCCGAGGAUACCUUGAUGGACCUUCUCUACUUUGUCGUGGACAUUCUUCAAUUCCAGGGCGAACGCAAUGCCUACGAUGAGAUCGACUUUGACAUGAUGGUUGUGGACACUCUGGACGCGUUGCGCAGCUAUCACGAAGCUGCACGCGACGAGCUCGCGGAACGACCGCCCAAGCACACAGUUCUUGUCUUGGACAAAGCUCUCCAUCUCUUCCCAUGGGAGUCCCUUCCCUGUCUACAAGGGUACCCUGUCUGCCGAGUUCCAUCUCUCGAGUGCCUUCGUGACCGAAUUCUCCAAUUCCGUAAGUCACCAUCCGGGGCCGUCGUGGACCGCAAGUCUGGCUCCUUCGUUCUCAAUCCGACCGGCGAUCUCCGUACGACACAAACCACCUUCGAGCAAGACCUCUCCAAGUUCAAGUCUUGGAACGCUAUUAUCCAACGCGAGCCGACAGAAGACGAGUUCCGAGAUUCGCUGGAGACCAAGGGCCUUUUCCUCUACUUUGGCCACGGAAGCGGAGCACAGUACAUUCGCGGCCGAACCGUCAAGCGACUGACCCAAUGCGCCGUGUCUUUCCUGAUGGGAUGUAGCAGUGGCAGUCUGACCGAAGCUGGCGAGUAUGAGCCCUACGGCACCCCGAUGAAUUAUCUUCACGCGGGCAGCCCGGCGCUGGUGGCUACGUUGUGGGAUGUCACGGAUCGCGAUAUUGACCGGUUUACGACGACUACAUUUGAUGAGUGGGGUUUGAUUGCGAAGAAGGAGAAUAAAGAUAAGAAGCGUGGCUUGGAUGUCAGUCUUGACGCGGCGGUUGCGCGCUCAAGGGGCGCUUGUGUGCUGAAGUACCUCAAUGGUGCUGCACCUGUCGUUUAUGGAGUUCCGGUGUUCUUGGAGUAA